AUGACAGUCACGAAGUCCAAAGAUGGCAUCCCUGCAUGGGAUGGUACUCCGUCCACUUGGUCGGAGUAUCGCAGGGCUGCCUACAUGUACGAGGAGACGGUGAAGUGGGAAAGUCGCUACCUAUGUGGUCCACGGCUGGCAGCCGAGCUGACUGGAGCGGCACGCACCGCAAUAGCGAACAAGAAGCGAGGCUGGCUCUCGUCUCAGGAUGGCGUUGGCAAGCUCCUGCGCUGCUUGAAAGAGACGAUGAGCGAGCCAGCCCUUCCGGAGAUCUCCAACCAGCUCAAGACCUACUUCAAGCUGCUGCGGCGCCGUCGCGGCGAAUCCAUGGUGUCGUUUUGUGUGAGACACCGGGAAGAGUACGCACGGACCUGCAAAGCCCUGACUCGCGUGAUGCAAGAACAAAAGUCACUUCCUGACAUGACCAGCCAGGCGACGCCCACUGAGGACUAUGAUGAGGAAGCCCAGGAUGAGACCGAAUGGACCUGGGAUGAUGCUUGGUGGUGGUCGACGUGGGAGACCACAUGGAACUGGAACCUCCAGUCCAAUACAAGCAUCGCCGAAGAAGAUGAAGAUGAUGAGGAAGAUUUCGUCGAGAUCCUGCCGGAUGUCAUCAAGGGUUGGCUUCUCCUGGAAAAGGCCAACCUGGACGGCAUGGAACGCAGUCUGAUUCAGAGCGAGGUCAAGAACAAUUUCUCUCUCGCCAACGUUGAAGUCGCCCUUCGGAGCCACUUCACGGAUGAGACAAUCAAGAAGCGAGAUGGAGAAGCCAAACAGGCUCUCUAUGAAAAUGAAGAAGAUGAGACGGAGCCAUGGGAAGAAGACACAAGCUUCUACGAGGACCUCCCCGAGGAUGCCUUAGCCUUGUACCAACAGGCUAAACAUGAAGAACAUGAGGCCUGGGCUCAACUACAGCAAGCGAGGGUGACCCUUCGCGAAGCUCGAGCCAAACAGCAUGAGGUGCGGAUGGGACGUCGCUUCUAUGCGCCAUCCGCGGAUCGUGGCAAGGGCUAUUCCAAGGGGAAGGGCAAAGGAGGCAUGGGGGACCGACGGCCAAACAACACAACGAGUUCAACCAGAACCGGAGGACCGUGUGCUCGCUGUGGAAAAGAUCGUGAUACCUCCCAUUGCCCCAAGAAGAAUGAGGACGGCAAGAACUAUGAGGCCGUUGAACACUCCGAGUAUGUGUACGGGGUCCUACCUGAAAGUGCUUGCGUGAAACCGGAAGCAUUUUGCUGGACCAACCUGGAGGAAGCUUCACCCGACCUGAUUCCGGGUGACCAAGUCUUGCGAGAAGGGUAUGGUGUCCUGGAUGGUGGCGCCACAAAGACGAUGGCCUCCGUGAACGCCAUCAAACAGCUGCAGGACAAAGCCCGGACGAACGAUCGCAUGCCCAUACGUCCCCGCAGCCAUCUGAUUCACGUGUCCAAACCGGUGACCACACUCCCGUUGUCGUUGACGCUUGCUCUCAUGGCAACUACUCAGGAAGCAACCGCGGCUCAGGUGACCAUGUGGCCGGACAAGUCCAUGAAGCCACACUACUUGCUGAGCAAGACGGAAUGCAUCCAGGAACUCGAGGCCAAUGGUCAGAAGCGCAUUGCCUGGACGGAGUUCACACUCCCGGAAUGCCGGAUGCUGGUUCGCGAGUCUCGCGAAGCUCAGGGAAUCAUCAAGCCCAAGGGAGCUCCCAACAAUCUUGUCAAGGAGAUCAACAAUGCGAAACUUGGCGAGCUACGCUCAAUGUGCCAGGCCCGCCAGAUCGAACAUCCGGCCAAGGCCACGGUGGGGGAGCUGCGCUUGAUGCUCAAGUCAUGGUUGAUCCACAGCGGCAACAACGAGACACUGAUCGACUUUGGGAAGUACAAGGGCAUGAGCUUCAUGGAAGUGGCUCAACACGAUCCGGGGUACCUCAACUGGGCUCAGGCCAAGGUGGGCAACUCGGACACGGCGGAUUGGCGGCUUCGCCAACUCGCCAGUUGGGCCGAGAGGAUGGAACACAAUCCUAUCGAGAAGCCUCAGACACCAAUGAAGGACCAGGGGUCCGGAUACCAUGCAGCCCUCACCAACAGCCGACCAACAGUGGCCAUUGCUGCGGGGUCAUCGAGCAAGAAUGUGGAUGCCAAGGCAAGUGCCUCGGCGAUGACCGAACAAGUGAAGGACAUGAUGGAAACCAUGAAGGCCAUGCAAGAGGAGCUCGACGAGCUCAAGGGCAAGAAGCGUCACAAGACGCCGCCUCCCCGAGCCAAUCUGGAAGUUCACACUGACCGCUGGCGCAGUGUGCAGAUCGACACUGCAUACUGGAAGCAUCCAACCUCUAAGAAGCAAGUCUCAUUCAGCUUGGUCAUGGAUGAGGCAAGUCGCUUCCUGGUUGGCAAAGUCAUGCGGAUGGACGGAGGCAAAGGAGUCAAAGCCUCCGAAUACGCUGAACUCUUUGCAAACCACUGGUUCCCAUAUUUUGGCAUGCCGGAUGUGGUAAGAUCUGAUCCGGAGGGAGCUUUCCGAUCGGAGGAGAUGCUGAACUUCUUCAGUGAACGAGGUAUUCACCUGGACCAUAUCCCAGCCGAAGCACACUGGAACCUUUCCCAUGUGGAGCGCUGCAUUGAGCGGGUGAAAGAAUUCCUCACCAAGACAGCCGGAGAUGCGGAACAGGAUGUCAUACAGUUGAUCCAACAUGCCAUCUACACCUGGAACCAUCGAGAAAUCGUGCGAGGAUAUAGUCCUUUUCAGCAUGCCAUCGGUAGGCAGCCAGACAUCGAAGGUCGAGUCUUUGAUCGACGAACUACCGACCUGCCAAUGGAGAUGAUGCAGUCUCCAGAUGGUGAGAUGGAAGUUGCCUCUCAGUUGCGACAACAGGCAUCCAAAGCAUUCAUCGAUUGGCAAGCGCAGGAGAAACUCACCAGAGCCCGCAAAACUCCUGGAAUCGAGGCAACUAUGUGGGUCCAGCGAGAGUCCUGGCAGUUGAGACACGACAAGAACACGGUCAACUGCGUGCAAGCAGCGUGGUAUGGCUGGUACGAGGCAAUCGCCUUGUGA